ACUCUUGCAGUGUCUUCUGAUUGUUGGAGUGCUGAAUUCGAGAUGACCAGCGAACAAGAUACGGAAAAUGGGCCUAGCGAGCCAUUGUUAUACAAGGCGGAAAAAACAGGGACUUUGUCCCCAGUCAAGCCAGGAUGUGAUAAAACGCAGCCAGCAGUCAAAAGGAAUAAAAGUGUAGUUCUCUUAGAUAACAAAAAGAAUGGUAACAAGAAGAUGCCAAAAUGGAAGCUGGUGCCCCCGGACGGGGGCUGGGGCUGGCUGGUGCUCUUCGGGGCCACCAUGGUCAACAUACUCGUGCCUGGCACGAUCAAGUCCUUCGGGGUGCUGUUCGUCGAGUUCCUGGAGGCUUUCGAGGCUUCGCCGGCAGAGGGCAUGUGGAUACCUGCUCUCUGCUACUUCUUGUACAGUUCAUUGGGUCCCGUUACCAGUAUGCUAUCGCUGAGGUACUCCUACAGGGUGGUCACAGUCCUCGGCGGCAUUUGCGCCGCAGCCGGCAUGAUACUCAGCUUCUGGGCAAACUCCGUGUACUACCUUUACUUUACUUACGGCCUCCUCGUGGGCUGUGGAGCUGGUCUCUCCUUCCCACCCACAGUAUACAUAGUGUGCAGCUACUUCAUGAGACUCAGAGGCAUAGCGAACGGAAUCUGCAUAUCGGGCUCCGCUUUCGGGUCCAUUCUCAUCCCACCCCUACUCAGGGUCUUGCUAGUCAAUUACGGGUACAGAGGAGCGGUGCUCCUGAUGGGAGGGAUCACCCUCAACGUGUUUGUAGCGGCGCUGUUCUACGACAAAGUGGAGCUGCACAUGAAGCGCGAGCGCAUAGAAGACACGCCGGAAGAGGACGAGAACGUGAAAGCUAAGUUCGUCAUCAGCCAAGAAGACAGCCUGCCUUCGUUGCAGCACAUCUCCCACAAUGACUCCUUCCUGGAGCACAUUGAGUCCUCGGAAGGGCGCUUCAACCGCAGCGUAUCCAGCGCAGCAGUCCAGCACAUGAAGUCCCAGAAUAGGGAGAGGAAGAUCAGCAUGCCGCAGGGCAAACAAGAAGUUAUGAAGGCCAAAGCCGGCCACAAUAUGAGCAGCAACUCGACGCUUCACGUGGUGCCGGAGAAGGAGAACGGCAGCCAAACUUUGGAGGUUUGUGUGCCAGGUAGAGUUCCGAUGACUCGAAGGCGAUCCGCUGCGCCGAAGAGGAGUCCCAGCACGAGUUCUUUUCAGUACGUGAGUACUGCGUAUCACGGCAGCACGCUGACGCUGCAGCCCGAGACGUUCGCGAGUUCUUUUAGCUUGCGUUCUGUGGCCAAGUCCAGCAAAGGAGAUGAGGUGGAGAUUAAGCGGCCGAAACUUUUCGAUGUGAGCCUGCUCAAGGAUCCUAUUUAUCUGAUCAUCCUCAUUUCUAACGCUACCAACGCUCUCGGUUACACGAACUUCAUCAUUCUGUUGCCUUCGUAUGCUAAGAGUUUGGACUUUGAUAAAGAUCAGGGUGCGCUUUUACUGUCUAUAGUGUCCGCUCUGGAUUUAGUUGGGAGGAUAGGCGGUUCAGCUUUAUCGGAUCUUACAACGUUCCCCAAAUGCUACUACUUCGUUGGAGGUCUGUUUAUAUCGGGGAUAUCUCUUGCUCUCAUGCCUCUGUUCACCAACUAUUGGAUAAUAUCUGGAUUUUGCGCAAUGUUUGGGUUGGCUUCGGGUACUUAUGUGGGGAUAACCGCCAUUGUGAUGGCAGAUAUGCUAGGAGAGGAACGUCUGCAGUCCACUUACGGCAUGGGACUGUUCUUGAAUGGAAUUCUUCAACUAAUAGGCCCCCCCCUGUGUGGUUUGUGGUAUGAGGCCAUGAAGUCAUAUGUUUCUCUUUUUAUUUGUCUGGGAAUUUCACUAUCUGCAGGAUCGUUCCUCUGGAGUUUUGUACCAUGUAUAAAUCGGAAAAAUGGUAAGGGGGAAAAGGUGGAAAAUGAAGCUGCUUAGAUUUUUAUAUAAAAUUUAGUAUCUCAAAUGUGAACAUGCUGAUACUUAGGAUAUUUAAAUUAUUAUUUUAUUAAGUUAAUAGACACUUAUUAUUAUUAUGAAAUAUGGCCAGGUUCAAAUUUGUAAUGUGGCACAAUGUCAACUUAUGCAAGUAGAUAACUAUAUCUCAGUGUUUAAUAGGUAGGUACUUUUUCAAGACAUUCCAAAUUUUAACAAGAUCAUUCCUCAGAGACUAUUUUAGAUGAAUUUAGUGUUGAAUUUUUUUAAUUCUGCACCUGAUUUCAAGAUACAGUGAUAUGUUCAAAGAACUAAAAGUUUCAUACUUUAUUUUUAAAAUGGAAUUAUUCUAUUAUUUUUACAUAUAUUAUAUCAGUUCUCACUGUAUCCAAAUCACAAUUUUAAUGGAUUUAUUGGGCACCUUUUGUUCCAAAAUGAUGGUGUUUUUAUUAUGGUGGUAAAUAUUUUUUUUAUUGUUGGAUCUCAUAUUUCUAAUGAAAUGAAUGAAAAUAUGAUCUAAUGUAAGUACUUACAUAUUGUCAGCUAAUACAUCCCAUGAAGGUUUUUUUUAAAGAAUGUAAAAAUAAAUGCCUCAUAAUUUAUUAUUUUCAUUAAAAUAAUGUGAAUUUGAAUAUCAAAGGUGGUGCUUUCAAGUAUUUAUAUUUUUUAUAUUGUAAUUUAUGAAACAAUAUAUAAAUUAAAAUGAAUUGUGAUAUAGAAUAUAUUUUAUUAAUUAUUAAAAUGAAUUUUAGUAAUGGCUUGAAUUUCCUUGAAUAGAAAAGCUUUGCACCCAUGGUCCCUUUCUGCUUAUAUUUUGAUUUUUCACUGGAUUUCAUUCACCAUUCAGUAAAUAUAAUGUAUACAUAAUUAUUAUACAUGGAUAAAUUUAUUUAAUGAUUUCAUGGACAAAUAUUUACACUAAGUAUGAAUAUCCACAUAAAGGAUAUUCUUCAAUAUAAUGGAUUGUACAAGAGUGUGAUAAUCACACAUGAACAAUUUUAUUUGAAUAUUUGUUAGAUCAAUAAAAUCUAUUAUCUGCAG